CUCUGUUUCUUGCUACUUGGCUUUCCUUGCCCCUCCCCCCCCCAUUUUCUAUACAGGCACCAGUGUACUUACAUCAUGUUUCAGCAGUGGGCCGACUUCACAAUACAAAUAAAGUGAUUUUUAAAGUGAUUUUUAACUAAAUCACUAAAAUCUGUUAAAUAAUUUAAAGAAAACUGGUUAACCCUACGGCUUGAAAAUGUCAGGCCUGUGCUUUAACUAUAACAUACAAGGCAUGAAGCUACUGCAUGAGUUAAAGGCCCUCUUUCCAAGCAUAACAGAUGAUGCAGUCAAGGCCUGUAUGAAAAAGAACAACAACCAUAAAGAGAGAUGCAAGGAAGAGCUGAGAAUAGAACUAGAGAGUUCAUUGCAGGGAAGAUACAGAUCCAGACAUCGGUUGAAGUUGAGCCAACGACGAUAUUCUGCUGGAACACUAUCAGGGGACCCCUACAGAACAGGAGAAAACAAGAAGAUGAGACGUAGUUCGGUUUGUGAUUCUCAGACGGGUAGUUCCACCAGCUCCUGGGCCACUGUACUUGCACCCCUGGAUCAAAAUAUACAAGUUGUAGAGCCGAAAACAGACUGGAGUGUCCCAAAUAAAAGAUGUUACGAAUCCACAAACCUCAGUCUGCCACGAAAGGUUAUGAGGUGUGAGGAGAGAAGGGACCCUGUCACUCUACAACAUCUAAAAAAUUAUGAUGUUGUCCCCCAGGAAAGGGAAAAGGAGAAGAACAUCCCCCAGGAAAGGGAACAGGAGAAGAACAUCCCCCAGGAUAGGGAACAGGAGAAGAACACUAAUCUUAUAGAAAAUGGAGUUCCACAAGGUUCAAUUGUUGGAACCAGAAUAAAGAAGCCUAUUCCAAGACCCCUUUCCUUAGCCCAGUUUGCAGAUAUAGAAACUAUACCUACAGUUGUUCUUACUCCAGAGAGCCCACCAAAGGAUUCUGGAAACCAUCGUAGAAUAGAAACUUUAUAUUCACCAGACAGUGUUAACUCACAUCUAAUCCAGAAUGAGACUGAUUUAGUACCUGAACUACCUGAACUAGCAUUGUCCAUGGCUGAUGACGAGUCAAUGAUCCUUUGUGGCAAAAAUACUACAGUAACAAAAACUUGCAUAGAUUUAAUACCUGAGCAUUCAGCUUUAGUACUUCCAUUUGGAAAUACGAGUAUAAAAACAACAUUAGCUACGGAACCUGGAACAGUAGUCACUAAAAGUUCAUUAUCAACUGGAACACUGCAUUUUCUAAAAGACUCCGGGGACGGGACUAUAUCCAUAGCGACCACAAGUUUCUGUGGUUUCCAGCGCACAGUUGUCACCAACUCUCUAGGAUGUGACGCACCAAAAUCUUCAGCAAAAUCAACCACCGUUCUUUAUACAGUUAACUCUAAGCCUGUUAUCUGUGAAAACCCAUUCCGAAAAGUGUUUGCAAAACGGAAACAGUUUUACCAAGCCAAGGAGAACCGUGAUUCUACCUCACCGGAAACCUCGAGUAAGAAACUGCUCUGGCGGCCAUGUAACCAUGCUUGUCGCCGGAACUCCUUGUGUCCAGAUAACCGGCCAGCUGAUCCACCCUCACCGAGAUACUUUACACUUAAUGCAAAUAUCCAGCCAUUUGAUGCAUUUACUAUCAGACAUCACCUUAACAGUGAAGGUGAAAAUAACCCUUCGACCACUGCUGUAAAUCUAAGCAUGAAUUCUGAUUCUGGUUUUCCUGUUCAGCUGCUACCAGAUGCACAAGGAAUUAUGUACCAGACUAAGGUUGACAUACCAGAGGAGGGGGCAGAGGCACACUUAGAGGUAAAAGUGCAGAAGGAUGGAAGUUUGAUAACUACGAAAAGAACCGGUUCCUCGGAUUGUACAAGCAACGAGAUCUCUGUACAAUUAUUAGAUGGAGGGAGUAGAGUCAGUAUUCAACAAAGCCAGAUUACUCUACCACUGAACGACACUAAAUCAGUCCGACCUACCUCUCUUCAUAUACCAGGAUCUAAAUAUGCUACUGUUCGGCCUCAGAGUCUAUACCAGGGGAGAGGUACUUCACCCUCUUCAGUUCCAAGGUAUAAUUCCCUGCCCAACUUAAAAGGAUUUGCCCCUGAAGGGAUAACUGGAGGAGGGGGGUGGAGCUACCAGUCCCACCCCCGGGAUGAGGAGAAAAGAAUAGCUUAUACAAGAGCUCUGCUCUCUCAUCAACUGGAGCAGAAGUUUAAACUUGAAAGCAGUCUCCGAGCAGAACAAGGGGAAGUUAAUCAUCUCAGACACGAGGUUUAUGAGUUAGAGUUAAGAUGGAAAAGAAUAUCUCUGAAAUCCCAGCCAAUUAUAGCGGUAACUUUAAAAAUUAAAACAAAGGGGAUGGAUAGUUUUGAAUGA